UAUUAUUAGCAAACUACACUAUUCAGCAUUCUCAUUUAUGUUUUAACUUUUAUUCAUCUGUUUUGCCGAAAACAAGAGCUAGAUUUGCUCAUUUUUUUAGGGGAAAAGGGAAAUCUACUACUAUCUAGAGGGAGUUUAGAUAUGUAUUAUGUCUAGUUGGAAUUCAAUUGGUUGUUGCUUGUAGGGUCUGUGCUGUUCUUUGGCUUGAGUGUAAUGUGUUUGAUCGAUGAUAAUGAAAUAAAAUAUUUUUUGCGCUGAGCGAAGAUAAGCUGAUGGAAGUGAUACUUAAAAGUACAAAUGAAUGAGAAAGUUCUGAAUAAAUUAACGCCUUUAUAAGUGCACUGAUUGUUGCACUUAAAUUUCAAGCCUGUUACUUGCCAUCUUACACCCAUUUUUUAUUAUCAAAAGGUCUUAACAUAAUGUCCCACAAUGCAUAGAAUAUUGCUAAAGUCUCCUGGAAGGAUAUCGUAGAUUAUGCCGAAAAAGUCUAUGGCUGCUCCAUGUCCUAGUGGAAAGGAAAUUUCUACCCGACUGCUAAGAUCACACGACGAAUCUACGAAGUAUUUGAGAAGUAGGAGGUCAACUUCAAGUGAAAAUAAAGUGAAUAAGAAAUCACGAAAAUCGAGCACUACAGCACACAGUGUUACUCGAUCACCUAUUAUCACACGUUCAAAAAGUAGAAGCCUUGGGCUGCAACAAGCGCAAUCUGUUAAUCUUGUUGACAGCUCCAUGGACUGUUCUUCUCAAACCCCUGUUGAAGAAAGCUUGAAAAGGAAGCAUCCUUUAAAUUCAGAACGUAAGACAGGUGAAAGUUCCAAAGAAAGUGUAGCGAAGAGAGCUAAAUCUAAUACCAAAAAGGCCAAAGUAUCCAAUAUGAGCAACGCUCCUACCAGCUCUAAAAAUGAGUUGAUUAAUGUUAGUGAUAUCUCUUCAGGGAGGGGGGAUGAGAAAGAUACUUCUGCAAAUAAAGCCCAAACUUCUGAUUCCCAUGAUGAAUUGCUUUCUGGGCAAGGAGCAGAACCAACAGAAAGUGUCUCGAAAGGUAGUACCUCUCCAUCAUCAAGUACAAGUGAUAAUUCCAGAUCUAAUAUGCCAGAGACUGGUUCUAAUGAAAGGAUAAGUAAUUUAAAUUUAGAUGAUAAUUCAGGUAUGAAUCCCCCAGUUGAGGACUUUAUUCUUGCUUGUUCAAGGCUGUCUCAGGCUGAAAUUUCUUCUGCUCAGCAAUUAGCCAGCUUUUCUUGUAAUGAAAAUGAGAUGUCAAAUGAAGCUCGAAAGCAGAAAUACGAGAUUUUAAAGAAUAUUUCAGAUCGUAAACUUAUAACAAGCAGCGAUUUCCAAAAGAGCCUGAUAUCUGUAAUGCAGAGAACAAGAAAUUGCCAAAAUAAUAAGAAUUCUGAAAGCCCAUUGGAAAGUAGACCUGGCAGUAGUGGUACUUCCGAAUUUCAUAAUGUUCUAAGAAUUAAAGUGGAAAAGGAUGAUGAAUCAUCUAAAGAUCAGUGUAAGUUUAGUAAAACAUCCAAUUUAAGAGAUGGAAAUUCUACUCAACAGUCAUACUUCAAACCACCAGCUGCUAGUUCUAGUGGUGCUCAAAGCAAUGCAUUUAACAACAUUUCGGUAAAGCAAGAAAUGGAUAUACCCAGUGCUGAAGAAAUUUCAAAUCCUUUCUUAACACGAAGAAUUUAUAUUCCUGAUAAUAUAGAUAGCGAGUCUGCUCAAGCCCUCAGUUCAGCUAGUAACGCAGCUGCUGUAGGAAGUUCUGAUUCAAUAGAUGGGGAAAUAGGCCGCUUACAGGCUUUAAUGGAUUCUAGACGAAUUCCGAUUAGUUUAUUUGGUGCUUUGGAAAGUCGUAUGCAGCAACUUUUCCACAAGUCCAUGGGAACAGCCACCAGCAGUCGUGCUCAACAGUUACUUCAGGAAUUACAAGCUGCUGAAGAUGAUGAACAUCAGCUUCAGGUGCUAAUUGAAAUCAGCCAAUUACUAGUCAUGGGAAAUGAAGACACAUUAAUUGGAUUUCCUGUCAAACAAAUUGUACCUCUUCUGAUAAAUCUUUUGUUAAAAGAAUAUAAUUUUGAGUUAAUGAAUCAAGCUUGUCGAGCACUAACUUAUUUAAUAGAAGCUUUGCCUAGAUCAUCAUCUGUUGUUGUAGAAGCUGUUCCUGUUCUUUUGAAUAAAGUUCAGGUCAUACAGUGUAUAGAUGUAGCUGAACAGGCCCUAACUGCUUUGAAAAUGUUAUCAAAAUGGCACAGUAAAGCUAUUUUGCAAGCAAAAGGUAUUUCAGCAUGUCUUAUGCAUUUGGAUUUCUUUUCAAUUAAUGCACAACGUACUGCACUUGCCAUAAUUGCAAAUUGUUGUCAAAACAUAUUACCUCAUGAAUUUAGUCUAGUCCAGGAUUCAUUAAGCAUUUUGAGUGGAUGGCUUACCCGACAAGAUGAAAAAUCUGUAGAAAGUAUUUGUCUAGCUUUCUCAGGGCUUGUUGAAUGCUUUCAGCAUGAUCAUGAUUGUUUAAUGCAAAUUGGUAGUCAUGAUCUACUAACCAACAUUCAACAGUUAUUAGUUGUGUCACCUCCGAUUAUUAGCUCACAAAUUUUUACAACUGUUAUCCAUAUGUUAGCUCUGAUGUGUGCUUUCUGCUCAGAAAUUGUUGUCUUCCUUUUGCAACAAGAUUUCGCAGAAACUUUGCAAUAUUUAUUAACUGAAAACUGUGACAGUGCAAAGGAAGUAGAACUAACUCCUAGGAGUCCCCAUGAAUAUUUAGAGCUUUCAUCUCUAAUAUGUGAAAUUAUGCCAUCUUUACCACCUGAUGAUUUAUUCAGCAUUAAUGCUUUGAUAGUGGCAGCUAAAAAGAAAAACAAUCCUCCCAAUUCUGUGAUAUGGCAGUGGAAGGAUGAUACAGGUUUUUGGCAUUCUCAUGAAAAAAAUGAUAGCAAAAACAUCGAGGAAGCUUAUCAACGUGGGAAUGUGAAACUGUACAUUUCAGACAGAGCUGCUUUGAAUAUUGACCUUCAAACUAUGGAGCAGUUUGAUGAAGGUACAGGUUCUUCCAGACAACUCCGCCGACAUAUUAUCAAUUCUGAGGAUCAAUCGAAAAAUGCAAGAACAAACUUUUUUGAGAAGAAUGAGGAUUUGGUAAUUUCAAGCAUAAAGAUAUUGUUUCCUGUUUUGUUUGAAAUAUAUUGCAGUUCUGCUGGCUCUACUGUAAAGCAUAAAUGCUUAAGGGCCAUGUUACGUAUGGUUUAUUUUGCACCACCAGAUGUACUUCAUCAAGUCUUGAAAAAACAGGCUAUUGCUAGGCAUAUUGCUUCUAUGCUUGCUACCCAAGAGUUUCGGACAGUAAUUGCUGCUCUUCAAUUAGCAGAAAUAUUGAUGCAAAAAUUACCUUCAGAGUUUAGAGUGCAUUUUAUAAGAGAAGGUGUUUUACAUGAAGUCAGAGCUCUGGCUAAAAUUGAUGCAAAAACUUGGCAGAUAGAAAAUAAUGCUGCUGAAGCUAGUACCUCCUUUUCAUCUAGUUCUUCUAUUCAGGUGCACAGUUUUGAUUGUCUAGUUGAUCCUCCACAAGUUUCAAAAUCCGAUGGAGGUCAGAGCAGUUCAGCUUCAGCUUCGAUGCCUGUAUUCAGUAAUUCACAGGCUUCCUCUUCUUUGUUAAAGGAGGAUGAAAGUAAUGGCUCUAAUGUUGCAUCAAAGAUAAGAGAUGCUUUAAAACGACGAUAUAUGACUAUAAAACGUACAUUUGGUGCUGGUGAUAAAGAUGUUGCUUCACUUUGUGGAGCUGACUUAGCAAUUACAGUUGAUAGUAGAAUGAAAAUUAAUAACUGGAUCAAAGAACAGGCCCAGAAUUUUGAUGAUAAAUAUUUUAGUGUAGAUCAAAUAAAUUCUCAUCCUGUGAUAAAUGUACUAAAUAUCUUAACCAAGGCUGUCCAAGGUUUAGAAUGCAUGGAUGAUUGUGGAUUGUGUUCUCUAAUUGAAAUUCGUGAUGUUGUAACUCAGAAUGACAUUUCUUCCUUUGAACUCAUUCACAGUGGGUUAGUCAGGAAACUUAUACAGUAUCUAUCUGCACAAGGAGAGUCUACGCCUUUUAGUGUUAAAAGUCUUGAAGAUCGCUUAAGAACAUUCUUGCAUGUUUUCAUUGCAAGUCCACUUCAAGUGAUUCCUGAAAUUCAACCCGAAAAUUUUGAUGCAUCACCUCUUGUAAAUUUGAUUACUAAAUUAAAUGCUUGUGUCAGUCAUCUAGAACAGUUUCCUGUCAAAGUUUAUGAUCAACCUUCUAAUGGAAAUACUGGUAGACCAGGAGCCAGUAUCAUGAAAUUUUUUAACAUGCACCAACUUAAAUGUCUUUUUCAGCGUCACCCUUCUUGCACAACUUUGAGGCAGUGGCAUAGUGGUCCAGUUAUGAUAGAUCCUUUGGCGUCAAUUCAUAAUAUUGAUAGAUACUUGGUUAAUCAAGGGUUUGGGUCUUUAAAAGAUGAUGAUGAAAGUGAAAGUGACUUAAGUUAUGAUGAUAGUUCUGAUGAAGAUGGUGGUUUGAUUGUUGCUGAUAUAAGAAUGGACCAUGGUCAUGGAUCUCCCAAAUUACAGUUUCUUAUCGGAAAGAAUGUUUUGCCAUAUAAUAUGACCCUGUAUCAAGCAGUCCGACAGUAUGGGAGUGGCGAAAGUCAAAAUUCCAGCAAUGCACAGAGCCUGGAAUGUGAAUAUCCUGUAGGAUAUGCUUCUGUGUGGCUCAAAACGCACACUAUUUGGUAUCGUCCGAUACCACCUGAAGAUUCAGAAGGAGCUUCAUCCAACAGUACAAAUACACCUCAAACUAGUUCAGGGAAAAAGAAAAGUUCAUCUAGUCGCUCCAGUCAUUCAAAAAGUGCAUCAGAGAGAACGAGGUCUUCUAAGAAUAAGAAAGAUGCUCUUUGGGAUAAUGGCACUGUUCCUGAAGUUGCAUUCCCUUCUUCCUUUAUUGCAAAACUCUCUGGUUUUGACACAAUUAAAGAUCCUUCAUUAGAUGUAAUAAUUUUGCUUAGAGUUAUUCAUAGUUUGAGUUAUCACUGGGGUUUAUUGUACCAGCUGAAUUCUUGGUCACAACUUGUUCCCCAAGCAGUUUUCAUUAAUAAUGAGUUAACUCUGAAAGUGAACCGUCAACUUCAUGAUCCAUUGGCAAUCAUGACUGGAAAUACCCCUAGUUGGUUGUCUCAUAUAGCGUACAAUUUUCCAUUUUUGUUUCCCUUUGAGACAAGACAUCUCUUAUUCUAUGUUACAUCAUUUGAUAGGGAAAGAGCAUUGCAGAGACUUAUUGACACAGUGCCUGAACUUACAAAUGCUGAGAAGAUUACUCCAAGAUUGGAAAAAAGGAAGAGAACUGUUUCUCGAAGCAGCCUUUUAAAACAAGCAGAAACUAUUUUGCAAGAUCAUGGGGAUUCAAAAGCAUUAUUGGAAAUUCAGUACAAAAAUGAAGUAGGAACAGGACUAGGACCUACUCUGGAAUUCUAUGCCUUAGUUUCAAAGGAAUUGCAACGAGCUGAUCUUGACAUGUGGCAUCCUGUUGAAGUUGUCACUGAUGAUGGAAAAGAACCAACUGUAACUUACGUACAUAGUCCAGCUGGAUUGUUCCCAAUGCCUGUUUCUAGAAAUGCAAGAACAAGUUCUUUAACCAAAGUUUGUAACAAAUUUAAACUUCUUGGAAAAUUUCUUGCAAAGGCAAUAAUGGAUUCCAGGUUGGUGGAUAUUCCAUUGAGUUUGGCAUUUUUUAAAUGGAUGCUUAACCAAGAAAGAUAUCUGUCACUUGGUGAUUUGCAACAUAUUGAUGAAAGUUUAGCGCACAAUAUUGUCAAAUUGGAGAAAAUUGUUAUUGAAAAGAAGAAAUUAGAAAAGGAUAGCUCUUUGAACCCAGUUGCUUUGAAGCGAAGUCUGGAAAGUAUAACUCUUGAUGGUUGUUCUGUUGAGGAUCUGAGUUUGGAUUUCACACUACCAGGAUAUUCACGCAUUGAAAUGAAAAAAGGUGGCAAGGAUGUACCCGUUUCAAUACACAAUAUAGAAGAUUAUUUGAAACUUUUAAAAUAUUGGACAAUGACUGAAGGAGUAUCAAAGCAAAUGCGAGCUUUUAGAGAAGGAUUUGAAUCUGUGUUCUCUUUGAACCGACUGCAGGUUUUUUAUCCCGAAGAGCUUGCUUAUCUUUUUUGUGGCAAUGUACAUAAUCAGUGGGAUGUUAAAUGCCUGACAGAUAGCUGCCGCCCAGAUCAUGGAUAUACCUACGAGAGCCAGGCAAUUAAAUUUCUGUUUGAAAUAUUGUCCAGUUAUGAUGCUAAUCAGCAGCGACAAUUCAUACAGUUCAUUACUGGAUCUCCCAGGCUUCCCAUUGGGGGCCUGAAAUCUUUGUCCCCUCCUCUCACUAUUGUGAAAAAGACUUCAGAUGACGAAACUAGUUCUGAUAACUAUCUGCCAUCUGUCAUGACUUGUGUAAACUACCUUAAACUUCCUGACUAUUCUAGCAUCGAGAUCAUGAAGGAAAAAUUGCAGAUAGCUAUUAGUGAGGGCCAACAUUCGUUCCACUUGUCCUAAAUGUUAUGAUUUCCAAACUGGACAUAGUGCUGUAUUAUUUUUUAAUCAAAAACGUAACUUAAAAAAGCUGUGGUUUUGAUAAAAAUGGCAAUUUUUUGUUAAUGAUUCCAUUGUGAAGUACUAUUUAAAAAACUGAACUUGUAAGUGAAUGGUCUGUUAAUCUCCAGAUGUUUUGUGCUCAAUAAAUAAAAAAUCUGAA